AUGGCAGAAAUCACACACCCCACGAUCAAGGAUGGCUGGUUCCAAGAGCGCAGCGACAUGUGGCCCGGCCAAGCCAUGACCCUCAAAGUAAACCAAAUCAUCCACCACGAAAAGAGCAAAUACCAAGACGUCCUCAUCUUCGAAAGCAGCGACUACGGCAUGGUCCUCGUCCUCGACAACGUCAUCCAAUGCACCGAGCGCGACGAGUUCAGCUACCAGGAAAUGAUCGCCCACCUCGGCCUCUUCUCCCACCCCAACCCCAAGCGUGUCCUUGUGAUCGGCGGCGGAGACGGCGGAGUCCUGCGCGAGAUCGUGAAGCACGAGAGUGUGGAGGAGGCGGUGCUGUGUGAUAUCGACGAGGCUGUGAUCAGACUGAGCAAGAAGUACCUCCCCGGCAUGAGCGUAGGAUUCCAGCACCCCAAGGUCAAGGUGCAUGUGGGAGAUGGCUUCAAGUUCCUCGAGGACAAGAAGGACACCUUCGACGUCAUCAUCACCGACUCCUCCGACCCCGAAGGACCGGCAGAGGCACUCUUCCAGAAACCCUACUUCGAGCUGAUCAAUGGUGCGCUGCGAGAAGGCGGUGUAAUGACUACCCAAGGUUCCGAGAACCCCUGGCUCCACCUUAAGCUCAUCGUCGAGCUCAAGAAAUCCUGCAAGGAGAUCUUCCCUGUUGCCGAGUAUGGCUGGACCACCAUCCCGACAUAUCCUAGUGGGCAGAUCGGGUUCAUGGUGUGCAGCAAGGACGCGAAGAGCAAUGUUAAGAAGCCGCUACGGUCGUUGAGUGCCGAGGAGGAGGACCAGCAGUUCAGGUACUACAGUAAGGCAGUGCAUGAGGCGGCUUUCGUGUUGCCCAAGUUUGCGGAGAAGGCUUUGCAAUAG